AUGAUGCCCUUGGCUAAGGAUACCGGACUUGAGAGGCUCGAUGCAUACAAAGCCUACACCGAGGGCUUGCCCCAGACCUUCUGCAACUGCAAGAAGACGACGACAGACCACGUGGAAUUGGCGUACUGUAUGUCCAUUAGCACGUAUGCCAACCCCGAUACGAACCUGUACAGUGAAAACAUACAGGCGCUGCGGUUCGACGGCGCCGGCGCCAGCACAGGGUCCGACUGCGAGGGCCUGUUCAUAGCAUGGGCUGACGAAAGAAUUGAGUCGGUCCGCGAGCUGGUUCAUGUGUUUGGCCGCAAUGAGGUGCCGCCCCAGGUAGACAGAAGCCGCCGGAAUUUUUACGAGCUAAAAUUCGUCACGGCAAAGUGUGAGCAGAGUAAGGAUGAGGAUGACAUGUUGCAGCUUGGCAAGGCUGCAGUGCCGAUAACUGCUAGAUGCAGUACUACAACGUCAUUUCGCAUUCCUGCUGGCGGCGAGCCUGGUGAUAUGCCCUCGAAUAUGCCCGCCAUUGUGCGGCAGGCGUGGGGCAGAUGUACGGCGCGGUAUUUCCCUUACGUCCGGCUCAAGCAGGCGCUGCGCCUUCUCGGAGUGGUGGACAAGCAGACACAGCAUAGGUUGCUGGACUGGCUGAGGCAGCAGAAUCGCCUUGAGUGGUCCCAAAUGUUGCGUCAUCCAUGGGAAGUGGCGCACCUGGAGCUCCUCGCGGGCAGGUGGGUGAUGGGGACGGAUCAAGGACGCCGCAAUGUUGGAAGAAGUGCGUGCGGCCGGGAUGAACGCAAAUGA